ACUGUGAGAACGUUAAAUUUGAUUUUGUCAUUCUUUUGUCGUGAUUUGUAAUUAUUUAAAGUAGUUAUUUCUAUUUGCACUUGUUUUGUUAGUACAAUUAUGGCUAAUGAUCAGGGAUCGCCAGCAACUGGUACCGAUAUACCAUUAUGGAUUGAGGCUUCAUUAUUUGAACCAGUUUUUAGAGAAAUAGUUCCUGAGUUUCAUCAAACUAAGAACUUUAAAGCAAAACGAGCUUUGAGCGCUGGUGAAAAUUAUGCCACAAUUAUGUUGCGCCUGGAGGCAGAUAUUGAAUUAAAAGAUGGCUCAUCAAAAACAAUUACCCUUAUGUUAAAGACAGCUCAUGACAAUGAAAUGUUCCGUGAAAUGAUGAAAAAUCACGAUAUCUUUGAUGUCGAAUCUACAAUGUAUCGUGAGGUAGUGCCAGAAUUUGAACAGAUGUACAAAGAUGUUGGGGCUGAAGUAAAAUUUGGCGCCAAAUCCUACAAACUGAGCAUCGAUCAACCUUACAUACUCUUAGAGGAUUUAAAACCCAAAGGUUUUAUAAAUGUCAAUCGCCUGGAAGGUUUAGACAUGGAGCACACUCAUUCCGUGCUAAAGAAGCUAGCGCAAUGGCAUGCAGCUUCUGCUGCUCGUGUCGCCACCAAGGGCGCCUACGAUAGAAGUCUUUGUGAAGGCUUCUUUAAAGAAGAAACUCGUGAAAUAGUGAAUGCCAUGUUUGCCGGUUUGAAUAAAAUCCAAAUGGAUUGUAUGAAAUCAUUUGAUGGUCACGAAUUGUACUAUGAGCGCAUGUAUGAGAAAAAGGAUUGCCGAAUGGACGAAUGGUUCGAGGCUAGUAAGGUGGACUUGAGUGAAUUUAAUGUUUUAAAUCAUGGUGAUUGCUGGUCCAACAAUGUUAUGUUUAAGCAUGAUGCUUUUGGUAAAAUUAAAGAAACAUAUUUGGUUGACUAUCAAAUACCCCGUUAUGGUUCACCAGCUCAAGAUUUAUACUAUUUUCUGCUUUCGUCCACCAAAUAUGAAUUGAAAAUUAAACACUUUGAUUAUUUCAUUAAAUACUAUCAUACUGAGCUAUUGGAUCAUCUUAAGUUAUUGAAUUAUUCCAAAAAGCUGCCCACAUUAAAGGACUUACAUAUUAUGCUGCACAAAUAUAAUCCAUGGGGUUUAUCUACAGUAACUGGUGUUAUGGCUGCAGUUCUUUUGGAUCCCCAAGAGGAUGCUAAUAUAGACAACUUUAUUGGCGAGAGUGAUGCUGGCAUCAAUUUAAAAAUCCAGAUGUAUUCAAAUGCCCGUUAUCGUAAACAUAGUGAAAUGAUUUUACCUUGGCUGUACAAUCGUGGUGCUAUAUAGAAUUACUAUUUAUGAGUGUACUUACAGUAUGUAUAUUUUAGAAUGCUUAUAUAAAUAUGUAGGUUUUUAUUUAAUUAAAACAAAAUUAAAUUGUACAUACAUUCUAGUAACUAAGUAAUCUAAAUGAUGUGUUUUUAGUAAAUAACUACAUUAUUGUUUUUGUUAGCAAAUACAUAUUUUUUACAUACAUGUAUAUAAUUAAAAACAAUAUUAUUUUCCAUGAAAUUUUAUCUACGAAUUUUUGUAAACGGAAGUUAAUAAAACACUUAAUUUUAAUUA